CAGGGAUCUAUCGUUUCUGCCAUCGGCGCCGGCAUCAACGCCGUAAUUUCCGCUAUCGCCGGCGUUAUCGAGACAAUCAUUAGCGCCAUCGUAACGGUGCUCGUCACUAUUUGGGAUGUAUUCCUCGAUAUCAUAUGCUGUCGGUGCUUCGGUUCCCGGCGUUCGACGAUGGCCACGGGC